AUGCUUAAGGAAAUAAUCAGCAAACUUAUCUUUACGUUAAUUGACUAUCAUUUGCGUACUUCAAUAGGAAUACUUCUCUUAUUUGGCACUUACUUCUUAGUGAUUCGGCCUUUUUUUGUUUCUCCUUUAAGAAAUAUUCCAGGGCCAUAUUGGAAUCGAGUUAGUGCAUUUUCAUCUUUAAAUGCCCAAAGAACAAACAAGUGGAUUGAAACAGUUUACAACUUACAUUUGAAAUAUGGUAAAGUUGUCGUCCUUUCCCCUUAUGAAAUAUCUGUAAACGGGUCUCCUCAAUAUAUUAAAGACAUAUAUGUGAAUAAUUUCUGCAAGGGUAAUUUCUAUAAUAAUUUUCGCAAUCACGGCCAUGACAACCCAUUUUCGGAGCUGAAAAAUGAUACUCAUUUGAAAUAUAAGAGAGUAUUAAUGAAUGUAUACAAUAAGACAUCUAUUCUUUCUCCACAAAACCCAACGAGAAGUCAUUUGGUUGAAGCUGUUUCAAAAGUAAUUCGAAGACUUCGCAAAGAACAGGAACUGAGCGAAAAUGGGGAUAUUGAUGUUUAUUCACUUUUCUCUUGUCUUGCAAUGGAUGUCAUUCUGGCAUUCGAGUUAGGAAAAGAAAGUGGCACAAAUUUAUUGGAAAAUCCUGAAUCUGAAGAAGUUGUUCAUUGGUACAGAAAGAAAGAUAGUAUGGGGUUUUGGACUACAUUGAUGCCUCGAUUUUGGAAUUUAGUUGCAACAAAGGAUAUCAAACAGGCUGUUAAUAAUAUUGAACAGUGGCACAUGAAUUUGUAUUCUAAAGCAGAAAGAAAUAUUGAUAAAGAAAAACAACCUCAGUGUCCUAGCUUAAAAGUUUUGAAACUGAAUGGAUUUCAUAAUAAAAAUGCUUACAGUUUUAUCACCGAUAACAUAUUUGCCGGUCAUAGAACAACAGCUAUACAACUAACAUAUUUAUGUUAUGAGUUAUCAAGACCAACAAAUUUAAAAUGGCAAAAUGCCUUUAAGAAAGAAUUAGUCGAAAGCUUUGGCAUGCCAUCAAAUACUGAAAGUAUUUUACAAGAUUUCGAAAUAGUAGACAAAUUACCUGUCUUGAAUGCUCUCCUACAAGAGAACUUGCGAGUACACUCAUCAAUUCCAGGUGCACAGCCAAGAGUUGUUGAUCGUAAAUAUAAAAUAGAAGUGCAAAGGGGAGAUAAGACCAAUGAGGUAUUAAUUCCUAAAGGAACAACCAUUUCCUGUCUUCCAUAUGCAAUGCACAGACAGGAAGAGAUAUUUGAAUCACCGCACAGUUUCAAUCCUGAGAGGUGGCUACAAUAUGAAGGCGAAAAUGCUGCUGAUUUCAAAGAACGUAUUAGUAAACAGCAAAGAUUUAUGAUGCCAUUUGGUAAGGGUAUUCGCCUGUGCUUGGGAAUGAACCUAGCUUUAUUAGAAAUUAAGUUUACACUUGCUAAUUUGUAUUGGCAUGCCCAAUCACAAAUAUCUGACACAUGGUGCAAAAUAGAAGACAAAACACCGAACGGGUGUCCUAUCAGACUAGGAAAGGGAAAUCAACAUAUGAACCAAACAGAUGAAGAAAAAAUG